AUGUUGAAUGGUACCGCCUCCGGUCUGCUAGGCCCUGUCCUGGCCCUCAAUGCAUGGACUCUCGCAAUGGAAGUCUGGAUGUACGCUGUCAAUAUCCCUAUAUACAGCCGGUUGAAAAUCGAAAAUACCAUCACUAAGAGCCAGCUUGAUGCUCAGGUUCCGGCCUCUGCACGUUGGAAGAGGGAUAAUUAUAAUCAUUUGAUGGAGCAGCCAACGCAGUUUUAUGCCAUUGCGCUUACGCUGGCGGUCGCGCGUGGGGGCCAAAAUGAUGGGCUUGAUACGCUUCUUGCGUGGACGUACACCGGAACUCGCAUCUUGCAUAGCCUGGUCCAUGCAACGAAAAACAAAAUGAUGCUGAGAUUUAGUUUGUUUGUGAUUUCUUCAGGCGUAUUGGCGAUUAUGACUGCCCGGGCGACGAUGUUGAUUCUUGAGUGA